UGCGCGGCGCUUCCUGGGGGCGAGGGCGCCAUGGCGCUGCCCUGGCUGCAGCGCUUCGAACUCGCGCUCUUCGCUGCCGCUUUCCUGUGCGGGGCCGUGGCGGCCGCGGCGCUGACCCGGACCCAGGGUUCCUUCAGGGGCAGCUGUCCCCUCUAUGGUGUGGCCACCAAGAACGGCUCCUCCUUGGCCUUGUCCCAGCCUUCGGCCCCAUCCCUCUGCUACUUUGUGGCUGGGGCCUCUGGUCUUCUGGCCCUCUACUGUCUCCUGCUUCUGUUCUUCUGGGUGUACAGCAGCUGCAUCGAGGAUUCCCACAGAGGCCCAAUAGGGCUCCGAAUUGCAUUGGCCAUCUCAGCUGUAGCCAUCUUCCUGGUCUUAGUGUCUGCCUGUAUCCUUCGGUUUGGCACCACUUCUCUCUGCAAAUCCAUCAUUUCCUUGAACUCUACAACUAGCUGCCCUGAAGCCCAGAAAAUUUCUUGGACACCCCCUGGAACCGCUUUGCAGUUUUACUCCAACCUACACAAUGCGGAAACUUCUUCUUGGGUGAAUCUGGUAUUGUGGUGUGUAGUCUUGGUGCUCCAGGUUGUGCAGUGGAAAUCGGAAAGCACACCCUACCUGCCUCUGCAGAGGGGGGACCCUGUGUGGAGCUCUGAGACAGACACUCUCGUUGGGCCACGGCUCUCCCAUUCCUGAGGACUAACUGGAGUGC